AUGCCGCGCACCACCGGCACCCGCCCACCAGGCAACCGCACCCGCGCCCGCAACAACCCAAAAAACCGCUCUCUGAACGCCUUCUCAAUCGCACAGUCCACCACCACCGACAGACCCAGCAUCCCCGCCCGCCGCCUCGGCCAAGCUCCGUCCAAGAAACACAAGGCACGCAAGCACGAAUCCGACGAUGACGACGAAGAAGGCGCUGGCAGGGGCCGCGGUGGGGACGACGAGAGCGUAGACGGCGGCAGCGACUCGGACGGCGGCCACUGGAAGGUUGGCGUCGACAGCGACGACGAGAGCGACAUUGACUCUGACGAGGCGAUGGGCGAGAGCGACGAGGAACGGUUCGCGGACUUUGCGUUCCGCGGGAGCAGCUCCACGGGGAGGCCGAAGAAGGCGAAGGGCCGGAAGGAGGUCACGUUGGAAGAGAGCGGGGACGACGAUGACGAGGAGGAGGAGGAGGAGGACGAGUCGGAGGAGGACGGGGAGGGCUUCGUGGACCUCUCUGAGAUGCUGGAUCGGGCGACGCCGAGCGAUUCGGAGCCCGAAGACGACGAGAAGGCGGAGAAGACGGCCAGGAAGCCGCAGCAGACUAAGUCGAAGAAGCGUGCAGCUCCGGAAUCCGAGUCGGAGGACGACAGCGACAAUGGGCUGGAUCUGGAGGAGUCAAUGUCCGAAGACGGCGACGACGACGAGGAGGAGCCCUCAGAUGGCGACGACUCUGAUACAGACUCGUUUGCGCACUUCUCGGAAGAAGACGACACCCCCGAGGACCCCGCGAAGCUCGAGGCCCUCCAGUCCCUCAUCACCGCGCUCCCCUCGGGCUCCAAGCACGCCGCGAAGCGUGUGCGCCUCGACGACCCCAACGAGGGAAAGACGCCCAACGAAUACAACCUCUCCAUCGGCACCGCGUCCCAAAAGCUCACCCUCGACGACCUGAUGCCCACCAUCACCGACCCCAAGCUGAAGAAGUCGCUCAAGGUCCUCUCCGACACUGCCCCCGCCGGCACAAAGAGUUCCGGCGUGCAGGGGAAGCUGUCAGCGCCGCUGGCAAAGCGCCAACAGGACCGCAUCGACCGUGCCGCGGCAUAUGUCAAGACGAAGGAAACACUCGGCCGCUGGGUCGACACCGUCAAGAUGAACCGCGAAGCCGACCACCUGCACUUCCCGCUCCCCAACGCGCCAAACGCGCCCAUCCAGGCGCCCAAGCGGCUCCUGUCCAUCACGACCGCCACGGGCCGCACGCCGCUGACGGCGCUCGAGGCCACCAUCUCGGGCAUCCUGAAGGAGUCGAACAUGGAGUCCGAGAAGAGGAUUGCCGAGUUUGAGGAGCUCAAGACGAACAAGCUCUCCAUCGAGGAGGUGCAGAAGCGGACGGCGGAGCUCCGCAUGGCGAGGGAGCUGCUGUACAGAGAGGAGCUAAAGGCGAAGCGCAUAAAGAAGAUCAAGUCAAAGGCCUACCACCGCGUCCACAAGAAGGAGCGCAUGCGCCAGGAGCAGGCGAUCGAGGAGGCGCUUGCGCUGGAGAAGGGCGGCGUCGUGGGCGAGGAGGAGAUGAUGGAGCGGGAGCGCAAGCGGGCGGAGGAGCGCAUGACGCUGCGGCACAAGCAGAGCAAGUGGGCCAAGGGGAUGAAGGAGUCUGGGCGCAGUGUCUGGGACGAUGAAGCCCAGGAUGGCGCGAUUGAGAUGGCGCGGCGCGCGGAGGAGCUUACAAGGCGCAUCAAGGGAAAGGACAUCCGUGGCGAGGGCGAGGAGUUUGGUGAGAGCAGCAGUGAGGAGGAAGACGACGAUGCGUUUGACGAGGAGGGUGUGGAGCUGAGGAAGAAGCUGAUAAAGGAUAUCGAGAAGGCGGAGGCCUCGUUGGGUGUCUCGUCGUCUGGGGCUGGCAGCAAGCUGGGUGGACGCUUGAUGGGCAUGAAGUUCAUGCAGAACGCGGAAGCGGCCAAGAAGAAGGAAAACGACGCCCAAUUGGAAGAGCUCAAAAACUCUCUGGUGGACGGCGACAGACUGAGUGAUGUCGGCGAAGACAGCGAAGCCGAGGAGGAGGAGCCCAAACAGGCCAGUGGCAGAAUGACAUUCAAGCCUGGAAAGAAGGAGAAGCCAGCCGCCUCCAAAGCUACCCACAAAUCAGAGUUUGAGGAACAGGACCUCAGCGACCAGGAACAAGAUGACGAGGAGGACGACGAAGAGGACGAAGAAGUCACAGUCGUCAACAAAGCCAAUGCAGCCUCCACGGCUGCUGCAAAGAACCCCUUCACAGCACCCAGAACCACAGCCGGGACAGCCGGGGGCAAGCACCUCUCCUUCGGCGCCAGCAAAGACGACGACCCGACACCCGCCGGAGGCAACCCCUGGCUCUCGCAGGACGCCGUCCCCCACGUCAAGCCCAAGCAGCUGACCAUCACCAGCGGCAAGGUCGAAUCCAAAACCGAGCGCAGCAGCAAGAAACUCGCAAGGGACAAAAAGGCGGCCCUGAAGAACGGCGACCCCGCCGAGAACGUCGAGGUCGAAAUCGACACCUCUGUCACGCUCAAGCUGGCGCCGAAGACGGUUGCAAACCCCGACGACGGCGACGACGAGGAGGUGGACGACAAGGACAUCAGCCUUAUCCCGGCCAAGGGCGGGAAGGCCGCGAGGUCCCAGAGGGCGCUGGUGAAGCGGGCGUUUGCUGGGGACGAUGUGGUGAUGGACUUUACCAAUGAGAAGAACGCGGUCGUGGAGGAGGAGGGCGACCAGGUUGUCGACGAGAGCCUACCUGGCUGGGGCAGCUGGACCGGCGAAGGGCUGAAACCGAAAAACCCGGACCAGCCAAACAGGUUCCUCAAGACCGUCAAGGGAAUUGCCAAGGACAAGCGAAAGGACGCGAAGUUGGCAAAGGUCAUCAUCAACGAGAAGCGGGUUAAGAAGAAUGUGAAGUACCACGCAUCGGCCCUCCCACACAUGUUCGAGACCAAGCAGCAGUACGAGCGGAGUCUGCGGGUCCCGAUCGGGCCCGAGUGGACCACGAAGGCGACCUUCCAGGACUCGACGAUGCCCAGGGUCAUGGUCAAGAAGGGUGUUGUUGUGGAGGCUAUCUCUGCGCCGUUUAAAUAG